AUGGCAGACCAGCCGCUGCGUAGCGGCAAGACAGAUGCAGUAACGCCGCGGCAAGACGGACCCACCGGGCGCGCUUCGGGGGAGGGUUCCGAGUCCUCCUCGUCGCCUUCGCAGGCUUUCACGCCCCCAGUUCAUCCGCGCGACAUGUUUGAGGCCCUUACCGCGGCGAUGAAGGCUUCUUCGGGGCCCCCGUACCUAGAUGUCUGGCGCCAGACCAUCCAGGAGUUAUUUGCGCUGGAAUUUGCCCGCCUUCCAGUCAGCUUCGACGCGUUGCCGGCCGAACGCAAACGGUAUCCCAAGCUCACAAGUACCGAGCUGGUGAGUUUGCUGGAUUUGUUUAAGCAAUGUUUUGUUGUGACAUCCGGCCGCUACGUCGACUGGACCCGUUUAGCCCACCAGAUCAGUAAGGAGAUCCUCGUCACGAAGUGGGCGUUCAAAGAAAUCUUGCGCAAGCUGGCCAGCCGACAGAAAUGGGCUGUGGCUCCAAUCCCGCGGCUGUGGUCUCAAGUCGUGCAGACAGGCAGUGCUGCUGCACCUGCCAAUGAUGAAUGGCGCAUCAUCAUUGGGAUUGCGGAAGGGCUUAUUGCCUGUCGUCGGCUGCCUGAUUUUCUCAAUUCUGUCUUCGACAGCGACGAGCGGCUUCGGUUGUGUCGGACUGUUCAGGCGCAGGUCGAGGGACAGUUAGUCUUACAACUUAGACAUGGUCGUGAUAUCCCAAUUGGACGCCGGACGACCCACGCUAUUACGGAGAAGAUUUUGGAAUCGGCGGAAAUCUUGCGGGUCUGCUUGCCGGAUCUUCACCGUUUCCUCGGGUUGGCCAAGACGAUAAGCUACAAUCGUUCUACCCGUUCAAUCCACUUCUAUUUCUUUACGCGAGCCAUUGCUAAGGCGCACCAGGAUGUCGUAGUGCCUUUUCAGGGGAGGGCGUACACGCUCGAGAAUGUUCAUCACCCGGUCAGGGGCUCGGUCUGGUUGAAUCAGCGGGGACCAGACGGGCGGUCGAGCCACCCUCGGGCAGCGUACACCAUUUUGCUGUAUAAUCUCACCCGGUUUGAUGAUAUUGGGCGCAUUGCUGCCUACCUCCGCUCCAAGAUACCAACGGAUUUUGAGCUGGAGGAUAUGGAUACCUGCACCCCGAACUCACGUACGUCCACUGCCUGGAAAGUCACCUUUCAUCUGGCGGGUUGCCCGACCUUUCUCCAAGGAGUAGUCAGACUGCUUUGGUUUGGGACCCCCAUUAUCGUCCGGCAUCCGGACGUGGGCCGUCGCCUCCAAUGUUUGCAAUGUGGUACGCUAGGCCACCCGGCGUCGAGGUGUCAGUUUACUGAUGCGCAGUUGCGGGGGCCGGGCGGGCUGGAGGUCCACGAAGCCGAGCUUUUAGCUGUUGAAGAUCUGGCCAAACCGUUUAGUAGCCCUGAUGAAAUGCGGCAAAUGGCGCAGCGACGACUGGUUGUGCAGCAAUCAGCCGAUGCAGCGGCUCAAGCUGCGGUGACUCCGGCGGUACUGGUCGCCACUUCCAGUCCACCGCCGGCCGCCGAGCCCCAGCCAACAGGUAUACCUAUCCAAUCGGUGUAUACUACUCAUGUCGCGCACGCGGGCCCGCCUCCUCCGGCCCCAAAACCCCGGCCCGAACAGCCAUGGAUGAGACGCCCCCUUCGAGGGGGUCGUCGGCCUUGGCCCCCAGUUCAGCCUUCCCCGCCUCAGCUGAACGUCAGCAGCGGGAGUUAUCACGUUCUCCAGGAGGAUGAUAGGGCAGAGGAGGGUCCGUCUUCCCCAUUUGAAGGCAGUGUCGCCUCUGCACCUCCGCAGCCGGGGACUGGAGGCUCCUCGACUCCUGCUUUUUCGGCACGGCUGUCCCACUCUCGGCUUCUGCCGGAGGAUCAGGCCCGGAAACAAGCAGCCGGUAUUCGGGGCCCGGCGGUAGUUAUCGCGGGUCCGGCUCUCCUGACCCAGCAGCGACGGGAACGUCUGACUUGCGAAAAGCUUUUUAAAGCUGCUGCCGGAUCGGCAAUGUCACUCGAUACCCAUGGAUCCUAA